CUCCCCGCCGCCUCCUCCCGUCGCCGGCGCGCCGCAACCGCCACGGGCACCGCCAGAGACAUUGCGACCUGGUAGGUGUCCCGUGCUCGCGCUCUCUCCGGCCCUCCCUUCGCCGCCGCUAGCAUGAUCUGCGCAAUCUCCGGCGAGGUGCCGGAUGAGCCGGUGGUAUCCAAGAGGUCGGGGCUCCUUUUCGAGCGGCGGCUCAUCGAGCGCUACAUUGAGGACCAUGGAAAGUGCCCGGUCACCAAGGAUGACCUCUCCAUGGACGACAUCGUGCUGGUGAAGACCAACAAGGUUGUGAAGCCCAGGCCUUUGCAGGCUGCAAGUGUUCCUGGACUCCUCGGGAUCUUUCAAAAUGAGUGGGAUGCUCUCAUGCUUUCUAACUUUGCUUUGGAGCAGCAGCUUCACACAGCAAGACAAGAACUUAGUCAUGCGCUAUACCAGCAUGAUGCUGCCUGCCGUGUUAUAGCCAGAUUAAAGAAGGAAAGAGAUGAGUCUAGAGCACUUUUGGCUCUAGCUGAGAGGCAGAUUCCGGCAUCGAUGGCGGGAGCUACACCUGCAGCGGCAGUUUCCAACGGAAAAAGAGCAAUGGAAGAGGAAAUUGGCCCUGAUGGGAAGAAGAUUCGUCCUGGUAUCAAUCCUGUCAUGAUUGAUGAACUGACAGAGUGUAAUACCAUGCUUUCUGCCCAGCGUAAGAAACGACAGGUACCACCAAGUUUGGCACCAAUUGAUGCACUUGAGAGAUAUACUCAGAUCUCUAGUCAUCCGCUCCACAAGACAAACAAGCCAGGCAUUUUAUCUAUGGAUAUGCAUCCUUCAAAGGAUAUUAUUGCAACUGGGGGCAUCGAUACGAAUGCAGUGCUCUUUGAUAGGCCAUCUGGUCAAAUCCUGUGCACACUUGCUGGUCACUCCAAGAAGAUAACUACUUUGAAAUUUGUUCCCCGUGAUGAGCUUGUCGUAACUGGAUCGGCAGACAAGACUGUUCGGAUUUGGCAAGGGAGUGAGGAGGGAAACUACAGUUGCAUCCAUACAUUGAAAGAUCAUACUGCUGAGGUCGAAGCUGUCACAAUCCAUGCAACUCAGAAGUACUUUGUGACUGCUGCCAAGGAUAAUACAUGGUGUUUCUAUGAUAUUUCGACAGGGUCUUGCCUCUCACAGGUUGGCGAGGCUUCAGGACAAGAGGGAUAUACAUCUGCUUCUUUCCACCCUGAUGGUCUUAUCCUUGGAACAGGGACUACUGAAGCUGUUGUCAAAAUUUGGGAUGUUAAGACACAGACAAAUGUUGCAAAGUUUGAGGGGCAUGCUGGACCGGUCACUGCUAUGUCCUUCUCUGAAAAUGGUUACUUCCUGGCGACUGCCGCUCUUGAUGGUGUCAAGCUUUGGGAUCUACGGAAAUUGAGAAAUUUUAGGACUUUCUCGCCAUAUGAUUCGGACACACCAACAAAUUCUGUGGAAUUUGAUUUUAGCGGCAGCUAUCUUGCUGUUGCUGGUUCAGAUAUAAGGGUUUACCAAGUAGCUAACGUUAAGACUGAAUGGAAUCUUAUCAAGACCCUGCCAGAUUUGUCAGGAACAGGGAAAGUGACCUCUGCAAAGUUUGGAGCUGAUGCUAAGUAUAUCGCAGUAGGUUCUAUGGACCGUAACCUGCGGAUAUUUGGGCUGCCUGGAGAUGAUCAAAUGGAGGACGACACAAAACCCUCGUCUGAGUGAGGAAAUGCAGUGCACCUGAUUUUACUUGUUUGCUGCUCCCUGCUCUCUCUUUUGACAGUGGACAGAUGGUUGGAUAUGCACUGAGGCCACUAGAAAAGGAUAUCAGGAACCUCAGGGAGGAAUGGCUUGCGCUUCAGCCGAUGUAAACAGACUGCAACAUUAUUGUAUUGUAGGCUUCACUAAUUUUCUGAUGAGAAUAUGAUUUGUUUUGUAGAUGAAUACAAUUGCAAAAGACUCGUGCUGCAGACAUGCCACUUGAUAGAAUGUGCAAGUUUCUCUUUUAUCGUUAUGGACUUAUGGAACAAAGCUGUUAUUUGGUGAGAUAAUGCAAAUAUUUAAAGUUCAUGCAUUGGUGCAUGGUUUGUA